UAAGAAACCGGAAGCAAACGAAGAUUGUGGAUCAUUUUUAGCGAAUUAGCUAAAUUUCGCAGGCUGACUUAAGAUUUAAAUUCAAAGAAAAUGUAUACAGCCGUCGCUCCACUCUCUAAGUACCUGCAGCAUAAGUCGGUGCGUAUAUAUGAUUUGGUAUUUACGCUCCACUCAAAAUGUACAGUAGCGCUGCUACUGGCUUGCACUUGUUUGCUAUCAGCCAAGCAAUAUUUCGGCGAUCCCAUACAAUGCAUAUCAGACUUGAAGUUCAGCGAUUAUGUACAUUCCUAUUGCUGGACAAUGGGCACUUAUAUAUGGAGCUACGACUACAAAAAACUGUCUCCGUCGGACCGCGAGUACUUGCUGAAUAAGGCUAAGGGCGCUUACGAAAACGCCACGAAAAACUCGGCCACGCCUGGAACUAAUCUACUGUACAUUCAGUACGAACAAAUACCUAGGGGCGCAAAAACCGAACGCAUCUUCUUACGUUACUACCAAUGGGUUGUGCUGGUGCUGCUACUGCAGUCCUUCGUUUUCUAUUUUCCGGCCUUUCUCUGGAAGGUUUGGGAGGGCGGUAGGCUAAAAUACCUGUGCGCGGAAUUACAUCAUAAGCUGGAUAAGGAAAAGAUCACAUCCCGACUUGGUGCAUUGGUGGAGUAUUUCAGAAGCGACUACAAAGAUGCGCACUUCCGCUAUUUUGCUUCAUACGUACUUUGCGAGGUCAUGAACUUCACCAUCAGCAUUGUCAAUAUGCUAUUGCUGAACGUAUUUCUCGAUAACUUCUGGGCCCAUUAUAUUGAAGCUCUAAACGUUGUGCCCUCCUACAACUGGGACCUGUGGAACCAUAUUGUCUCGCGCAUUUUUCCGAAGAUUGCGAAGUGCCAGCUACAAAUUUACGGCGCCGGCGGCUCGAACUCCGUGUAUGAUAAUCUAUGUCUGCUGCCCUUGAACAUAGUGAAUGAGAAGAUCUUCGCCUUCCUCUGGAUUUGGUUUAUAUUGAUGGCUCUGUUGGCGGGCCUCAAGCUGUUCUAUCGUCUGCUCGUCAUCUCCCAUCGCGGGAUACGUUUUCAUUUGCUGCACACUCAGGCACGCUUCAUGUCUAAAUCACAUGUGCAGAGUGUUAUACAGAACUGCAGUUAUGGCGAUUGGUUUGUUCUAAUGCGUGUGGCCAAUAACAUCAGCCCGGAGACGUUUCGCCAGUUGUUGCAGAUGCUCUACAGCGCCAAGUGUCCCCGAUCUAACCCGUAAACAAUCGACGCUGCGUAACCUGAUUUUUUCGAACAUUUCCUUUCAUUUCAUUCAGUAAUUACAUACCCAUCGUUUAUGAUUUGCUUAUGCGCCAGACCAUUUAUUUUUGAAGUUUGAAAUGACAUAAUGAAGCGCGCUAAUUUAUAAGUUUAUGAGACAAUUAAGUUCUUUAUAGUAUGUUAAGAAUAUUCAUCGGUAUAACACUUAUUAUCGAGCCCUAUUACAAAAAUAACUACACAUAUAUAUUGUAGCUAGUAAGUCGACAUGAAUUGCGAAACUCAGGUUUAUAAUUUCCCUUAAAUUUUUACACGCAUCGAAUAAAAUGCAUAAAUUCUGUUCCUUAAUGUA